UGUAAAACACGCAAUUAACAGGGUUAACCAUUAGCCGUUGUGAUGAAUUUCACAUGUAUUUCCGUCUUAUGUUUGAGCAAAACCACAAUCUACCAGGUGCUGAAUAAAAGCAAGGCAGAGACAGAAGCUGAGAAGUGCAGUCAGCUUCUCACCAAGAGGACCAUGCUGUCUCCGAGCCUUGCUCUCCUGGUGUUCAUCUUCACCGUCAAGUCAGGUGACGGAGCCCAAAUCAUUGGAGGGACCGAGGUGACCCCUCACUCCCUGCCCUCUAUGGCUCUGGUUGAAGGUACAGAUGAAAACGGAGCACAAAUACUCUGUGGUGGGACCCUCAUCCACCCGAAAUGGGUCCUGACUGCUGCACACUGUGCACGCAAAGAGAUGAAUGUGACUCUGGGGGUUCACUCUAGAAAAAGUAAAAAGGAGGAGCCCUUCCAUCAGCUCAGACGAGUGACCCGCCAGGUGAUCCAUCCUGGCUACGAUGAGAGUGUUCUUUUCAAUGAUCUCAUGUUGCUCCAGUUGCAGUCACCUGUGAAGGAAACAAAGGCUGUGAAAUGUGUGGACUUCAAUGCCAUGAUCAAAAAGCCUCCCAAAGUCCCCCGAGCUGGCAAGACCUGCUUGGUGGCUGGGUGGGGGCGCACUGGCUAUGAUGAGAACCUGUCUGAUGCGCUGAGGUCUGCUAAUGUGAAGGUGAUUUCCUUGAAGACGUGCAACUCUGCAGACUAUUACAACCGUUACCCAGCGAUCAACAAGGAUGUAAUUUGUGCCGGCUCUGGUCGAAAGAAGGAGAUCGGUGUCUGGAAGGGCGACUCCGGCGGUCCUCUGGUGUGCAACAACAUGCUGGUUGGAGUCACUUCCUUUGGACAGCCGUGCCUCCCUGCCGUGUUCAUGUACCUUUCUAAGGACCGAGUCCAAUGGAUCCAAAAAACAAUUCAGUAAAACACAAAGAAAGUAACUGCAGUUGUGCACAAGUUAGUUUCCAGCACCAUGUGAGUCUUUGUCAUGAGAAAUAAA